CCACAGAAAUUAUUGAUGCUUAUAACAAAAAGGGCGGGGCUUUUCAAAAGAAGGAAACCAUCCAAAAAAAGGCCAUCCGUCGCCAAAUUGGGUUGUUACUUUUCCCAACCCAAAUUUUUGGCGGUCUGGUUCUCCACGAGGGAAACAUCGCUCAAAUGAAUACGGGAGAAGGCAAAACUUUAACUGCUCUUCUGCCUAUCUGCCUUAAUGCUUUGACCGGAAAAUCGGUUUUUGUGGUGACCGUUAACGAGUAUUUAGCUCAACGAGAUUGA